AUGAAUUUCCUUGCAGAAACUCUUACUACCGGAUAUGUAGGAAUAACUGACUCACCAGCCUAUGGACAACUUGGUAGUACUUUGUACUGUUUUCAUCAUGGAUAUGGUGUAAAUCACGAACUUUGGUACACAACAUCGACCAACGGAGCAACCUGGACUGCUGAUACUCAGGUUAUUGGUGUACAAAUGAAAUAUUCUCCGUCUGUUGUAAUGUUUCUUUCAUCUCUAUUAGCUUUCCAUAAUGGUAGUCCAAAUGCUCCUGCAGGUACUUUGCAUUAUGUAAAAGCUACUGGUUCAACAGUAACAGGAGACACCUAUGUGUAUGUCCCACAACCGGUAUACCGAAUUGCCAACUCACCGUCUGCAACUGUUUUCAACAAUCUUUUGUAUGUUGCUUAUCAAGGAGGAGGAAUAGAGGGCCAUCCUGAAGGUAAUGGACAGUUGAUCCUUGCUUCUUCAACAGAUGGUGAAACAAAUAAUUGGAAUUUUAAGAUAGUACCAGGUGUCACAUUGACUGGAUCACCAUCGAUGGCAACAUUCAAUGGAAAGAUCUAUAUUGUAUUCUGUAACACUGCUUUGGGUAACGGUGUCUAUGUUACAAGUUCAACAGAUACCAACACUUGGACCACUCCAGCACUCAUUCCAAAUGUCCAAGUAUCAGGUGAUCCAAAACUAACAGCCACUGCAAGUAAACUGGUAUUAGUACAUCGUCAUCCAACCAAUGCCAAACUUCAUGUUGUCACAUGUAACAAUCUUGGAGUUUGGUCUUCUGAUCAAGUUGUCAACACAAGUGAUAUGUCUCAGGAUCCAGGUGUUGGUGUUUUCAAUGGUAAAGUUAUCGCUGGCUUAACUACUAGUAAUGAUGCAUAUAUGCAUACAGUUCUUGAACAAUAG